AUGAAAACCAUCGAAUUAUACAUAAGGGACUGCCCAAAGCCUCCCGAGAUGGGCUGGUUGAGAGGCCCAAGCAGCACUGGGCACCGGGGAUCUGUCCACAGCACGCUUGGGGGCAACUUGGUGCUGCAGCUCAUCCUGGGGACAGCAGCAGAGGGGUCCUCCACCUGCGUCUGCAGCCAGGGGCCAGGAGGUGGAGUUCAGAGCCCGACGUCAGACACCUUGUUUAUCAGGUCUGGGAAGGUCCAAGCCUGGCUGGUCACACAAGAUCAAGGGAUUGGACGGGACACUGUGAAGGCCCUGCAUGCCUCAGGAGCCAGAGUGGUGGCUGUGAGCCGCACCAACGCUGAUCUGGUCAGCCUAUCCAAAGAGGCCUCCAUGCAUCGUCUCCCACAGUGUCCUGGAGUGGAGCCCUUGUGUGUGGACCUGGGAGACUGGGAGGCCACGGAGCGGGUGCUGGGCGGUGUGGGCCCUGUGGACCUGCUGGUGAACAAUGCUGCUGUGGCCCUGGUGCAGCCCUUCUUGGAGGUCACCAAGGAGGCCUUUGACAGGUCCUUCAAUGUGAAUCUGCGUUCUGUGUUCCAGGUGUCUCAGAUCGUGGCCCGAGGCAUGAUAGGCCGGGGAGUGCCAGGAUCCAUUGUGAACGUCUCCAGCAUGGUGGCCUACGUCCCUUUCCCCAGCCUGGCUGUCUACAGCUCCACCAAGGGUGCAAUGACCAUGUUGACCAAAGCCAUGGCCAUGGAGCUAGGGCCAUACAAGAUCAGAGUGAACUCGGUGAAUCCCACGGUGGUUCUGACGGCCAUGGGCAAGAAAGUCUCAACUGAACCUGAGUUCUCCCGAAAGCUGAAGGAGCGCCACCCACUGAGGAAGUUUGCAGCGACGGUAGCGCCUCUACCAGCGGCUCGAGCAUCUUGGUGGACGCCGGCUACCUGGCCUCCUAGAGCAAGCCAGCUGGCGGGGCCACCCGCUGGCUGGGCUGUCCGGCUCGCCCCUCCCAGGCCCGGCUCUUGGCCCCGCCCCGCGCAAGCCCCGCCUCCACAUCACGGCCCAUCCCACCUCCACGCCCGCCACCGCGCACGUCGUGGGGGGGGCACCACGCCCAGCCCUCCCCACCUUUUUGCUCCCGCCCCUGUUAAGCCCCACCUUCAACCUACGCCCCGCCCACGCCCUGCCCCUAGCCACGCCCCGCUCUCGGCCCAACACCCCCCCACACACACACACACGUCUCCCAGUCCUGGCCCACUGCGCGCCACGGUGCCGGCCCCACAGACCACGGCAUCCCGAGCCCUCAUGCCCACCGCUGCCUCUUUGUCUAAAUAAAUAAAUGGACGCUAUUUUCCCGGAA